AUCCCGAAAGCGCCCAACAGAAACCAAGAUGUCGGAUCUAGAAUCCCCUCCGAAGUUGUCAGCGCCUCCGCCACCGGAGGGGGUGGGAGGAGGUCGCUGCUCCGAAAUCUCCACCGAGCUCAUUCGCUCUCUGACAGAGCUGCCGGAGCUGGAAGAUGUGUACGAACGACUCUGCAGCGAGGAGAAAGUGGUGGAGAAAGAGCUGGAUGCUCUUUUGGAACAGCAAAAAACCAUUGAAAGUAAGAUGGUCACUCUCCACAGAAUGUGUCCCAACCUGCAGUUGAUUGAGGGAGAUGCAGAGCAGCUGGCUGGAAUGAUCACCUUUACGUGCAACCUAGCUGAGAAUGUGUCCAGCAAAGUCCGUCAGCUUGACCUGGCCAAGAACCGCCUCUAUCAGGCCAUUCAGAGAGUUGAUGACAUCUUGGACCUGAAGUUCUGCAUGGAUGGAGUUCAGACUGCUUUGAGGAAUGAAGAUUAUGAGCAGGCUGCAGCCCACAUUCAUCGUUACUUGUGCCUGGACAAAUCAGUCAUUGAGCUCAGCCGACAAGGCAAAGAAGGAAGCAUUAUUGAUGCCAACCUGAAAUUGCUGCAGGAAGCUGAGCAGCGUCUUAAAGGCAUAGUAGCAGAGAAGUUUGCUAUGGCGACCAAAGAAGGUGAUUUGCCCCAGGUGGAACGAUUCUUCAAGAUCUUCCCACUGCUAGGUUUACAUGAGGAUGGGCUAAGCAAAUUCUCAGAAUACCUUUGCAAACAGGUGGCCAGCAAGGCUGAGGAGAACCUGCUCUUGGUGCUGGGGUCAGACAUGAGUGACCGAAGAGCUGCCAUCAUCUUUGCAGACACUCUCACUCUCCUGUUUGAGGGGAUUGCCCGAAUUGUGGAAACCCACCAACCCAUGGUGGAAACUUAUUAUGGAUCUGGCAGACUCUAUACCUUGAUCAAGCAUCUUCAAGUAGAAUGUGACAAACAGGUGGAGACGGUGGUGAACAAGUUCGUCAAGCAGAGGGACUACCACCAGCAGUUCCGGCUUGUCCAGAGUAACUUGAUGAGAAAUUCUGCAACAGAAAAAAUUGAACCAAGGGAGCUGGACCCCGUCCUGACUGAGGUCACCCUGAUGAAUGCCCAAAGUGAGCUGUACUUACGCUUCCUCAGGAAGAGGAUCAGCGCAGAUUUUGAAGUGGGGGACUCCAUGGCUUCAGAAGAUGUAAAGCAAGAGCACCAGAAGUGCCUGGACAAACUCCUCAAUAACUGCCUAUUGAGCUGUACCAUGCAGGAGCUAAUUGGCUUCUAUAUUACCAUGGAGGAGUACUUCAUGAGGGAGACUGUCAAUAAGGCUGUGGCUCUGGAUACCUAUGAAAAGGGUCAGCUGACGUCCAGCAUGGUGGAUGAUGUCUUCUACAUUGUUAAAAAGUGCAUUGGGCGAGCACUUUCCAGCUCUAACAUCGACUGUCUCUGUGCCAUGAUCAACCUUGCCACCAGAGAGCUGGAAGCUGACUUCAGGGAUGUUCUGUGUAAUAAACUACGGAUGGGCUUCCCAGCCACCACCUUUCAAGACAUCCAGCGUGGGGUAACAAGUGCUGUGAACAUCAUGCACAGCAGCCUCCAGCAGGGCAAGUUUGACACAAAAGGCAUUGAGAGCACCGAUGAAGCCAAGCUGUCCUUUCUGGUGACUCUGAAUAAUGUGGAAGUCUGCAGUGAAAAUAUCUCAACUCUGAAGAAGACUCUGGAGAGUGACUGCACCAAGCUGUUCAGUCAGGGCAUUGGAGGGGAACAGGCCCAGGCCAAGUUUGACAGCUGCCUUUCUGACUUAGCUGCAGUGUCCAACAAAUUUCGAGACCUCUUACAGGAAGGGCUGGCGGAGCUCAACAGUUCAGCAGUCAAGCCGCAAGUUCAACCUUGGAUCAACACCUUUCUCUCAGUCUCCCACAACAUCGAGGAGGAAGAAUUCAAUGACUAUGAGGCCAAUGACCCUUGGGUACAGCAGUUCAUCCUUAACCUGGAACAGCAGAUGGCAGAGUUCAAGGCCAGCCUGUCUCCAGUCAUCUAUGACAGCCUGACGGGCCUCAUGACCAGCCUUGUUGCUGUUGAACUAGAGAAAGUGGUUCUGAAGUCCACCUUCAAUAGGCUUGGCGGUCUGCAGUUUGACAAGGAACUGAGGUCACUCAUUGCCUACCUUACCACGGUGACAACCUGGACCAUCCGAGACAAGUUCGCCCGGCUCUCCCAAAUGGCUACAAUCCUCAAUCUAGAGCGGGUGACUGAGAUACUAGAUUACUGGGGUGCCAACUCUGGUCCUUUGACAUGGCGCCUCACCCCUGCUGAAGUGCGACAGGUGCUGGCUCUGCGAAUAGACUUUCGCAAUGAGGACAUCAAGAGGCUGCGCCUGUAGCUGCCAUGUGGCCCACCAGACAUCAGGACCUAUUUUCUUUUUUCUUUUUUUUUUUUUUUUAAUAUUUAUUAAAGAUUUCUGCCUCCUCCCCGCCACCGCCUCCCAUUUCCCUCCCCCUCCCCCAAUCAAGUCCCCCUCCCUUAUCAGCCCGAAGAGCAGUCAGGGUUCCCUGCCUUUUGGGAAGUCCAAGGACCUCCCACCUCCUUCCAGGUCUAGUAAGGUGAGCAUCCAAACUGCCUAGGCUCCCACAAAGCCAGUAUGUGCAGUAGGAUCAAAACCCAGUGCCAUUGUUCUUGACUUCUCAGCAGUCCUCAUUGCCCGUUAUGUUCAGCGAGUCCGGUUUUAUCCCAUGCUUUUUUAGACCCAGUCCAGCUGGCCUUGGUGAGUUCCCAAAAGAUCAUCCCCAUUGUCUCAGUAUGUGGGUGCACCCCUCGCGGUCCUGAGUUCCUUGCUCGUGUUCUCUCUCCUUCUGCUCCUGAUUUGGACCUUGGAAUUUCAGUCCGGUUCUCCAAUGUGGGUCUCUGUCUCUGUCUCCUUUCAUCGCCUGAUGAAGGUUAAUAUCCAGGAGGAUGACUAUAUGUUUUUCUUUGGGUUCACCUUCUUAUUUAACUCUCUAGGAUCACGAAUUAUAGGCUCAAUGUCCUUUAUUUAUGGCUAGAAACCAAUUAUGAGUGAGUACAUCCCAGGACCUAUUUUCUAAGUAGCUAUAGCCAAAAAGCCAUGCAAAGCUAUCUGGCUUAGGUAAGCCAGGGGCCCAGACUACAGCACUGCUCAACAACAAGAAAGCAAGGACUGGACCCACUCCCAAGUUCUGCCCAGUAGCAACUGAGGCUGAAGGCAAUGAGAGGGGUGCUUUAGAGCAGUCUUUCUCAACUGAGAGGGGUGGGAGGCCAAGCAGGCAGCAUAUGGCCCCGCCAGCCUUCCCAUGAGUGCUCAUUCCCUCACCCUCACACCACAGCAAUGACCCUGACAGCAUGAGCGCCUGGAGGCACCUGGGGACCUAAAGGCUAUGAUGUUCACAAAUAAACAUCAGAAUAAAGACACUUCUUGGAGACUUGCCAUUGGUUGUUGGGUUUAGGAAGGGGUAGCUGCUUGGGCAAGACCAUUCCACUAGUAGCUCUAAAACCUGAAGGCAAAUGCAUGAGAUCUCAGCUUCCCAUAGCCAGUCACGGGACAGUGAGAACCUUCAUCCAGUCCUGGACUUCAACCCUUUCAUGGGCUAUCAGCACCAGGAGCUGGAUCAAUUCAGGGGCAGCGCCCCACAGUGCCAGAAGUGGGAAUUACUCCCAGCAAGAACAAGAAAGAACUUUCUGAAGA